CUAACUGGGCGUCAUCUCAUACACUGUAGAUACUCCGUGGGUACUUUGACACAUAGUUCACGUAAAAUGACUUGAAUCCUGUUUUAAAAUUAUCAAGAGAGAAAUAGUGGUUAUUUUUUACAAAACCAAAAGGGACUCCAGUAAAAAAAACACUAAAUCAAUAUCGUAUAAUAAGUAGGCCGUCGUCGUGUUGAAGUUCGAUUUGGCUCCACUAUUAGCUAAGAGAUGACGCGCAGGCGCACGUGCGCACGCGCAUCGCACAGGGGUCGAGGCUCUUUUCGAGUAUUCACGGCCACGCCGCGCGCCGCUACUCGCCACAAGGAAACUCUUACGUAACAAAUAUAAUGAUGUCUUUACAAUUUCUAGCGCCAAUUCUAUUUGUAGAUACUGUUUUAGAUGAUGUUUAAAUGGGAAUCAGCUGUUUUUACAUAACUAUGAUGAUGCUAAUUAACUUGUUGUUAUUAUGUUAUGGUUGCUAUCAACAUGUUACGAAAGUUGUUUAAUAUUAUCUAAUAAUACUGCGUGUUAUUGGGACGCGAUGUUAUUUGAGAAAAAUGCUUUCUAUAAAAUAAUUUGAAAACAUUAAUCGUGAAUUACUACUUAAUUGAUUAAUGAUUAGAUUAAAACUGUUAUUUUAACUUAAAACGAAAUAUGAACAAUAUAUACAAGAAAGUGCAACAUUGUUUAUUUAUUAAGUGUUCGUUUUUGUAUUGUUGGUUGUACAUAGAUAUUGUAUAACGUUUUAAGUGUCGACUCGAUAGCAGUGGAUGCUCACUCUACUAACCCACUGCACACUAGACUAAGGUAUCGUCCUUGUCAUGUGAGUGAUAUGAUAACCUCGAGGUAACUCGCGGGAACCCGCGGCCCGCCAGCGCCACGCAGUUGGAACUCGGCGCCGCGCUCGCUAGUCGCCGACUAUCAUAGUACACCGCAACAGGAACCAUGUCGACCUCGCUUCAAAAAUUGUUAAAUAACAUCGCAACAAACAAUGCCUUCAACAAUUGUACUAUUGAUAUCAACGAGCUAUCUAGCGGCGGCGCCAACUACUCGUCGAAACUGUAUACCGUGGAUAUUAUAGACGUUAACAAACUUAAAGAAGAUCUUCAUCUUUUCGUAAAGGUGUCUGUUUUGGGCGAAAAUAUACGAAAGAAUUAUCCCCCGUCGUUCUUUGACACGGAAAUGUAUUGUUAUACGGAUCUACUGGAGGCUUUUAAGGAAUUGGAGAAUGAGUGUGGGCUGACCGUGGAGGAUGGGAUAGCCUUCGCGAAGUUUUACGGUGGCGACCCCACGCGCUACCAGGAGACAGUGGUGCUGGAGAACCUGGUGGCGCAUGGAUAUCAUGACUUCGACAGGUUUCAUUCCUUUGACUGGGCGUACGCUUUAUCGGCAGUCACAGAAUUAGCAAAGUUUCACGCACUCUCCUAUGCCUACCGCGAAAAACGACCAGCUGAAUUUGAAAAAGCCUUAGAUCGUUUCAAGAAGUCUUGGAAACCAGGUGUUAAUGCUGAAAUGGAGAAUUCUGCAAAGGAUAGUGCUUUGAAAUGUGUUAAGCCAGAGUAUAGAGAUGUACUCGAGACGUUUCUAGACAAGUACAUGAAUAAUAUCUUGUGUGAGUGCUACGCGACCGCGGCUCGGCCGGUGCUCGUGCACGGGGACUACCGGGGCAGCAACUUGCUGCACAGGUACACGGAGGCAAGUACACUCUCUUCUUUACGAAGAAAAAGAAGAAUUUAAUAUAUUCUCCUUACUAUCACGCCAUUACAAAUACGAAAUAGAUUUAUUUGGGUAACAUUAACGUAAUUAUGUUGCGUGAGACUCGCUCGUUUGAUUAUUCUAUGCGGAAGUGAUUAUUAUUUAUUUAUAAAAAAAACACAAGCACUUGUGUUGACAAGGUGUUACCAGUUUUUACAAAGAACUUAUAACCGUUACAUGUUGACUAUUGGCCAGUGACUGUGUUUAAAAAAUCGUUUGAGUAAAUUGACACAUUUUUUUAAGUUUGUAAUUUAUAAUACCGAAACCCACAUGGAAAUGAACUUCUAUGUCUCUCUUCUAUCAUUACAAAUAUAAUACGUCUUUACAAUCCAUAGGAGUAAGAGCCACAUUCAAGGGCAUGGAACAAGAUUAAUUAUUCUAACAUAUCCUUACAAACAUUAUAAAUGUGAAAGUAACUCCGUCUGUUACGCUUUCACGUCUAAACCA